AUCUCUACAAAGAUGUGAUGCUGGAGACCUACAGGAACCUCACUACUAUAGGAUGCAUUUGGGAUGACCAUAAUAGUGAAGAACAUUGUCAAUGUUCUAGAAGACAUGAAAGGAUUAAAAGAAUUCAAACUGGAGAGAAACUUUCAGUAUAUCUUCAGUGUGGUAAACCCUUGACAUAUGACAGUCACCUUAAAUGGAAUGAAAGAACAAAGACUGGAGAGAAACCCUAUGAAUGUAAUCAGUGUGGUAAGGUCUCUUCAGGUCACAGUAAUCUACAAAAGCAUAAAAGGACACGUACUAGAGAAAAACCCUAUGGAUGUUAUCAGUGUGAUAAGGCUUUUGAUUGUCACAGUGAUCUUCAAAGGCAUGAAAGAACACACACUGGAGAGAAACCUUAUGAAUGUAAUCAGUGUGGAAAGGCCUUUGCACAGCAAAGUGGUCUUCAAAAGCAUCAAAGAACACAUACUGGAGAGAAACCCUAUAAAUGUAAUGAGUGUGGGAAGGCCUUUGCAGCUCACAGUAAUCUUCAAAGUCAUAAAAGGACACAUACUGGGGAGAAACCCUAUAAAUGUAAUGAGUGUGGGAAGGCCUUUGCAGUCCACCGUACUCUUCAAUUGCAUCAAAGAACACAUACUGGAGAGAAACCCUAUGAAUGUAAUCAGUGUGGGAAGGCCUUUGCACAGCACAGUGGUCUUCAAAGUCAUAAAAGAACACAUACUGGAGAGAAGCCUUAUGGAUGUAAUCAGUGUGGAAAGGCCUUUGCAGAGCUGAGUGGUCUACAAAAUCAUAAAAGAACACAUACCGGAGAGAAGCCCUAUGAAUGUAAUGAGUGUGGUAAGGCCUUUGCAGUGCACCGUACUCUUCAAUUGCAUCAAAGAAGACACACUGGAGAGAAGCCCUAUGAAUGUAAUCAGUGUGGGAAGGCCUUUGCACAGCACAGUGGUCUUCAAAGUCAUAAAAAAACACAUAUUGGAGAGAAACCUUAUGAAUAUAAUCAAUGUGGUAAGGCCUUUGCAGAGUGCUUUGCAAUUGCAUAAAAGAUCACACUGGAAAGAAACCCUAUGAAUGUAAUCAGUGUGGUAAGGUCUUUGCAGCUCACAGUAAUCUUAAGAGGCUUACAAGAUCUCACUCUAGGUAGAAACCCUAUGAAUGUAAUCAGAGUGAUAAGACCUUUCCUGGCCAUUGUAUUCAUCAAGUGCAUAAAACAUACUGGAGAGAAACCCUAUUAUCAUAAUCAGUGUGGUAAGGCCUUUGCACAUCACUGUCAUUUUCAAAGGCAUAAAAUAACACACAGUAGAGAGAAACCCUUUGAUUUUAUUCAGUGUGCUAAGACCUUUGCAGAUCACAGUAAUAUUUACAGGCAUACAAAAACACAUGCUGGUGAGAAACAGUACGAAUGAAAUCAGUGUGAUAAAGCCUUUUCAUGUCUUAUUCAUCUUCAAAUGUACAAAAGUACAUAUUCAGGAAAGAAACUGUGAGUAUAAUUUGUGUGGUAAAUCCUUUGUCACAAUAAUCUCCAACUACAUGAAAUAAACCCUUCUGGAGAGAAACUAUGAAUUUAAUGAGUGUAGUUUUCAAAAUCAUGAGAAAAAUCAUAUUGUAGUGAAACUCUUAAAUUAAUUCAGUGUGCUAAAGUUUUCUACUUUAUACUGGAGUAAAACUUUUUGGUAAUCAGUCUGAUAAUGCUUUUUCAUAUUACAGUAGUCUUUGGGUACCUGAAGAAGAAAUUGAGGGUUUAUUCUAAAUUAUUUUUUUAAAUUUAUUUAUUAUGUAUACAAUAUUCUGUCUGUGUGUAUGGCCAGAAGAGGGCACCAGACCCCAUUACAGAUGGUUGUGAGCCACCAUGUGGUUGCUGGGAAUUGAACUCAGGACCUUUGGAAGAGCAGGCAAUGCUCUUAACCUCUGAGCCAUCUCUCCAGCCCUCUAAAUUAUUUUUUAAGACAUUAAGCCAAUACACUUAAAGUCAGUUAAUCAACAUUUAUUCUGUAGAGAAAAAUUGAUAGUGUCAAUGAUCUGUUCAAGCAUUAUGAUACCUCCUUAUUUUUUUUGCACCAGCAAACUGAUGGCCAAAACCUAAUUUAUGAAUAUAUGAAGUCUUAUGGGUAGGAGAAAGGUCCUUUCAAAGAAACAUACCCUGGUCCUGAAAUGAAAUCCAAAGGAAACACUUUGCCGGGCUGUGGUGGCGCACGCCUUUAAUCCCAGCACUCGGGAGGCAGAGGCAGGCAGAUCUCUGUGAGUUCGAGGCCAGUCUGGUCUACAAGAGCUCGUGCCAGGACAGGCUCCAAAGC